CCGGCUCCGCUGUAGCUCAGCAAUCGCUUUCCGCUCUCCGCCGCCGCCGCCGCACAGAUCCACGCCGCCGUUGCACAGCCCCGCUGCCUCAGACGGGCUUACGUGGGGAAGAUGGCGACGGACAAACCCAAACAUGAAGGCAGAGUAAAAAUCGGGCAUUACAUUCUCGGAGACACUCUAGGAGUGGGGACGUUUGGAAAAGUUAAAGUGGGCCAGCAUGAGUUGACAAAACAUCAAGUAGCUGUAAAGAUCCUGAACAGGCAAAAGAUCCGCAGUCUGGAUGUGGUGGGCAAGAUUCGUCGUGAGAUCCAGAACCUCAAGCUCUUCCGGCACCCGCACAUAAUUAAACUGUACCAAGUGAUUAGCACACCAACAGACAUAUUUAUGGUUAUGGAAUAUGUCUCUGGAGGAGAACUCUUUGACUACAUUUGCAAAAAUGGAAAGCUGGAUGAGAAGGAGAGCAGACGUCUCUUCCAGCAGAUCAUCUCAGCAGUGGACUACUGCCACAGACACAUGGUGGUGCACAGAGACCUCAAGCCAGAGAAUGUCUUGCUGGAUGCUCAUAUGAAUGCCAAGAUUGCUGACUUUGGGUUGUCAAAUAUGAUGUCAGAUGGUGAGUUUCUACGGACAAGUUGUGGCUCCCCUAAUUAUGCAGCUCCAGAGGUCAUCUCUGGAAGGUUAUAUGCGGGUCCUGAAGUGGACAUCUGGAGCAGUGGGGUGAUCCUCUACGCUCUGCUAUGCGGGACAUUGCCCUUCGAUGAUGACCAUGUGCCAACACUCUUCAAGAAGAUCUGUGAUGGCAUCUUCUUCACGCCGCAGUACCUGAACCCAUCUGUUAUCAGCCUGCUCAAACACAUGCUGCAGGUGGACCCCAUGAAGAGAGCCACCAUUAAAGAAAUCCGGGAGGACGAGUGGUUUAAAGAGGACCUACCUAAGUAUCUGUUUCCAGAAGAUGCUUCGUAUAGUACCACCAUGAUUGACGAGGAAGCAUUGAAGGAAGUGUGUGAGAAGUUUGAGUGCACUGAGGAGGAGGUGCUCAACUGCCUUUACAGUCGUAAUCACCAGGACCCUUUAGCUGUAGCAUACCAUCUGAUCAUUGACAACCGGCGCAUUAUGAGCGAAGCCAAAGACUUCUACUUAGCCUCCAGCCCUCCUGAUUCCUUCCUGGAUGACCUGCCUGCACAUCACCAUGCCAAGCCUCACCCAGAGCGAGUGCCAUUCCUGGUGGCGGAAGCCCAGCCGCGGCCGCGACACACACUGGAUGAACUCAACCCCCAGAAGUCGAAGCACAUGGGUGUCCGUCGGGCCAAGUGGCACUUGGGUAUUCGCAGCCAGAGCCGACCCAAUGAUAUCAUGAGUGAGGUGUGUCGAGCUAUGAAGCAGUUGGAUUAUGAGUGGAAGGUGGUUAAUCCAUAUUACCUGCGGGUGCGGAGGAAGAACCCAGUUACAGGCAUGCAAACCAAGAUGAGUCUGCAGCUCUAUCAAGUCGACAGCAGGACCUACUUACUGGACUUCAGGAGCAUAGAUGAUGAUGUUGUGGAAACAAAGUCUGGCACUGCCACUCCUCACCGAUCUGGCUCAGUGGGAAACUACCGGACUGCUCUAAAGAACGACAAAAACGAGAGAAGUGAAUGUGAAGAUGGAGGGAAGGGAGACGGCUCUGCCCCCUCCACACCCCCAGUGGCUGGAGGCAAGCACGCUGAGGGUUCUCUUACCUCUUCACUCACCUCCUCAGUGGACUCGACGGGAGGAGAGUCGUACCCCCGGCCUGGCAGCCACACCAUUGAGUUCUUUGAGAUGUGCGCCAACCUCAUCAAGCUGCUGGCACGAUAACUUGCAGCUUCUCUGACGCCUUGUCUCUCGCUCUCCUGGUAUUUUUUAACUUUUUUUUUUUUGCCCCCUCUCUCUCUCCUUGGACUUUCUACCUCCUUGUGUCAUGUUUUAUCUGUCUUUCUCUUUUCUCUCUUGUUCUGUUUCUGUCUUUUUCCUGUCUGCAUCUCUCUCUUUCUCUUUGUGUCUUUGGAGCAAUAAGCAUGCAAACAGACAACUCAAGCCUUCAUGCAUCCAACACGUGAACAAGCUGAAUGGUUUGUUGCACUGAGAUGAUCAAUUUCAGCCUGUUUCUUUGGUGGACGUGGAGGGGAAGGCAGAGAUAAGGCGCUGGAGAAAGGGUGGGUGGAGCUGUCUUUCAUGUCAAGACCUCUGAAAGAUUGCUAAGCCACUUUAAAGUAACCAUAGAAUAUUCUUUUAGAGAUUGUUUUACAGUUCUUUACUGAUGAGUUUGUUUGACAGCCCAUGGUUUCCUUACAGAGAGUAAGGCAUAUUGAUGUCUGCAUUUAAAUGUCAGAGUUAUACACUGAGCUAGCUGUACUGUACACAAUGGCACCACGAGAGAGUGAAUGAGGCAGAAAGUACUUUUGCACAGGUUUUUUUCACGUUUCUGUUGGCCAUUGUUAUAAUGAGCAAGCAAAUCUAAGAAUGAGCCAUCUUAAUGAGCAAACCCCUAACAGGAGGUGCCAACUUGGUGAGGUGGGGGUGAAUUAAUUAGUGGACCAAUCUUAACUUGUUUAUCCUGACUAAGUGCAAUGACCCUGUCUUUUGCUGUUUUCAUAGAUGGGGGUGUGGGGGGGUACUUCAUUUUUCUCAUUUUCUUUUUUGUGAUGUUUGACUCACUGAUUUUGAGGAGCAGGCCCUGAUAUUCUUUUCCAUUUGUCACAUGUUAGCAUAUUUUCUUUCCAUUGCUCACAUUUUACAUAUAUAAAUAGAAGUACAUACAGAAUAAAAAUAAUGCAUUUGGAUAUAUAUUUAUCAGUGCUUUAAAUGGGAUGGUAGUUUAUAUAGAGAUAAUUAUACUGGACUGAAAGAUUUUUUUUUAAAGAAGUGGUGUUGAUUGUCACUGUAUGAUGUUUUAUUCCAUACACUGCUUUAUCCAUUUUUUUUAAACUUUUGAUUGCAGUUGUUUUACCAAACCAGAUCUGCUUUAAAAAAAAGUAUAUGAAUUGACUGAAUUCAGCUUGUAUUAUUUCAUUUUUCAAAAAAAAAAAAAAAAAAGUCCUGAGAACUAAAACAUGUCUUAAACAGAACACAGGCAGUAGUUUGUUCUUGGCUAUAAUGGAUUUUCAAUUUUGUGACUUAACUGCUGUAAAAUGCUUUGUUUAUAGUGGUACAGAAUUAAAAAACACACACUUAUAAGCUUCCCCAAGAAUGAUAUAAGUCUCCACCCCAAAACCAUUGUGUGAAACUGAGGGCACUGCUACAGCAGUUGCAGUACUUAAAAAUGCAGUUUACAUUGCGGGCUCUGAAAAUUAGCUAAAUGUGGACCUUUAAUUGGCCUGUUGCUAUUGAAGCAUUAAAAUAAAUUCUUUGCCACAACUGAAACGCUGGACACACUGGGCUGAAAACCAAAACUGAAAAAAGUGAGGUUUUUUUAUUAUUAUUGAUCAAAUCAUAUUACAAUUAUUUGUUGUUAGAUUUGGACACUUAGACCUGUUUAAUCUUUUUUUUUUUUUCUUUUCCUGAAGUUUCACUGCCUCCCUGCCUGUUACUGUAGGCGAGUCUUGUUUGGGUCCAUCGUGAUUAUAAAGUGUCCAACCAAAUGCUUAUUUGCAAAAAUAUUUAAUGUGAUAUUUCUUAGAGCACUGAUUUAAUCAUUAGAGAAUCAAUAGAGAAAGAAGACUGAAGAUGUUUUGUAAUUAAUUGUUAAUGGCCAUGUGAAUGCAUGCAUGACAUUUUAAAAUUGAAAGUCCAUAUGAGCUUCAAAUCUGCCUUUUUCCUAAUGCCCUAAUGAGAAAUAAAAUUUGACUAUCAAAUUUUCCUGGGGGUGGGGGUUGCUUACUUUUGCAGAGCUUCAUGGUGCAUAGUCCGUUCUUUACAUGUUUCUUUUCUCGGGUCAAAUGUGUCAUUGAAGUGAUGCUCUCCAUUACAAUAAAAUGGGGAAAGACAGACCUUUGCCUAAAAAUAGCAUGCAUCAUAUGAUUCAAGCAUACCACAAAAAAGAUCCUUAAACUGCUUUACAUUUGUAAACUAAUACAAAACUAGACCAUCUGGCAUGGACCAUCAUACUACCCAGGCCUGCUAGAAUCUGAGGGGAAAUGUAAAAUGCAGUGCAUAAAGAGCCUGGUACUUAUUCAUUUAAAUGCUUUUCAGCAUUCUAGUAUUUUGCAUCUCAAAGGUUUACUUGAAGAACAUGUCUUAAGUAUUUCCAUAAACAUGGAAAAUUAGAUAGGUCUAAAAAUCCUAAUUAGGAGUUUAACCCAAAAUAACCAUUUGCUUUAUGUAUUGUUUUGAUAAGACAUACAACAGUUAGUGUAUGUUUAACUAGAAAGUUAAAUGGCAUCUCCAUUGCAUGGGGGACCUAUAGGACAGCAAUGACCUGAAAGAUGGUAAAAUUCCUGGUUCAUUAGGCCACUAUGGUGUGCUUGACACAACCUUUCAUAUGGGUGAUAUGGCAUAUCUCAUGAAAUGACUUCUGUGCUGAACACCAGUUGCAAUAAACCCACAAAUGUCAUGUGCAAGUAAGAGAAUUAUAACAAACCCAGCAUAUUUGAUUUUGGAUUUACUUUUUCUAUAUAUAUUUUUUUUUUGCAAAAGGAGAAUUGUACCACUAGCAGUGUGUGGUUAAAGAAGUAUCCUAAUAGGUGUCUUAAGUGUACGGCCUGUGAUUCCUGAUGUAGCACAUUGUUAACAUCUCCACACUCUGCAUUUGCUGUGUCAUGUGAUGCCCGGGUGGAGAGUAUCUGGUGUUUUUGUGUUAACUGCUUCAAAGAAACUUUGUUGAACAUUUGAUGAGGUUUGUGGAAAGGGACCCAGUUUUUCAGGUUGGCCAAUGUCAAUUUCCUGAUUGUAUUUAAAGAACAUUUUACACACAACUGCCUAAUAAACUGCUAAAUGGCAUCA